AUGGGGGCAGGAAGACAGGUCAAACUCCUGCUGUGGAAGAACUGGACCGUCCGCAGGAGGCAGAGGAUACGCUUCUUUAUGGAGAUCAUGUGGCCUGUUAUACUGUUUAUGGGACUGGUGUGGCUAAGAAGGGUGAAUCCACUCUACCGUCAACAUGAAUGCCACUUCCCCAACAAGGCCAUGCCCUCCACAGGGGUCCUGCCAUGGAUCCAGGGAAUCUUCUGUAAUGCCAACAACCCUUGUUUCCAGUACCCCACCCGUGGUGAAUCUCCUGGCCUUGUGUCCAACUACAACAACUCCAUAUUGGCUCGGUUCUACUCAGAUGCCCAGGAGCUUCUUUUUAGCGAUCCGCAGUUUAUCCAGCUCGGUCGCCUCUGGAGGGAACUGAAUGCCAUGAGUAACUUCAUGGAUACUCUGCGCAUCCAUCCUGAACACAUCUCAGGCCGAGGGGUAAAAGUGGAGACUAUCCUGAAGGACGAUGAAACUCUGACAUCAUUCCUGCUGAGAGACGUUCCUCUGACAGAGUCUGUGGUGAAUCAUUUAGUCAAUGCUCAAAUCAGGCCCGAACAGUUUGCCUUUGGGGUCCCAGACUUGCAUUUAAAAGACAUCGCCUGCAACCUGAACUUGCUGGAGCGAUUCCUUAUUUUCCCCAGCCGUCGUGGACUCUAUGCUGUUCGCAAUGCCAUGUGUAUCCUUACCCCACAACGGCUGCAGAUCAUCGAGGACAAAUUCUACGCCAAUGUCGACUUCUUCAAGCUCUUCCGGCUGCUUCCUCUUGUUCUGGAUAAUCACUCUGGAGGCAUUGACAUUCACUUCUGGGUACGGGUCGUCUCUGCCUCCUCAGACAAACUGCGCGAGUUGUUCCAGAGAAAUAGCUCCAGGGAGCUUCUCCAGGUUGUGACUCCUCUCUUCCAGAACAAUCUGUCCUUCAGGCAGGUGAUGGCAGCUGCCUCCCGCCUGGUCUGUGGCUACACCGAGGGGGCUUUCUCUCGAGUCACUUCCUUUAAUUGGUACGAGGACAAUAACUACAAAGCCUUCCUUGGAAUCAGCAGUGGCAGUGCACAGGGCCACUACACGUACGACAACAGCACCACUCCUUUCUGCAAUGAUCUGAUGAGAGAACUGGAGUCCAACCCUGCCACCAGGAUUGUGUGGAACUCUGUCAAGCCCAUGCUGAUGGGACAGAUCCUCUACGCCCCCGACUCCCCAGCUGUCAGGCAGAUUAUACGAAAUGCUAACACUACAUUUGAGGAGCUGGAGAGGCUGAGGACCAUGGGGAAGGCCUGGGAGGAAGUGGCUCCUCAGAUCUGGGCUUUUUUCCAAGAUGGAAUCCAAGUCAAGAUGAUCCGGGACACCAUCUGUAAUCCAUCAGUGAUGGAUUUCAUUGACAGGAGUCUAGAGGAGGCGCCGUUCUCCUCCAAACACAUCCUCAACUUCCUGUACAAUGGCCCACCAGAGGACCGUCCAGAUGACGUGCCUGAUUUUGACUGGCGAGACAUCUUCAACCUCACUGACCGUGUCAUUCGGAUGCUCAACCAAUAUGGGGAUUGUGUCAUCCUGGAUAAGUUUGUGGCUCUGCCUGAUGAAGAUGCCAUCACUCAUCAGGCUUUGGACCUUUUGGAGGACAGCAAGUUCUGGGCAGGUCUUGUCUUUGUGAAUAUGUACCCUUGGACCACCAAGGUGCCGCCUCAUGUGAAGUUCAAGAUCCGUAUGGAUAUUGAUGCAGUGGAACGCACCAAUAAGGUCAAAGACAGGUACUGGGAUCCUGGCCCCAGAGCUGAUCCUAUGGAUGACCUCCGCUAUGUUUGGGGCGGCUUUGCUUACCUUCAGGACAUAAUAGAGCAUGGGAUCAUCAAGACUCACACAAGAAAGGAGUGGCCCCUGGGUGUUUACCUUCAGCAGAUGCCCUACCCUUGUUAUGUGGAUGAUCUAUUCAUGCUGACACUGAACCGCUGUUUCCCCAUCUUCAUGGUACUGGCCUGGGUCUACUCUGUGUCCAUGAUAGUCAAGAGUAUAGUUCUAGAGAAGGAACUCCGUCUGAAGGAGACCCUGAAGGCCAUGGGCGUCACCAAUGGUGUCAUCUGGUCCACGUGGUUUAUUGACAGCUUCAUCAUGAUGGGCACUAGCACCGCUCUCCUCACCGCCAUCAUCAUGGGAGGGAGGGUACUGAACUACAGCAAUCCCAUCAUCCUCUUCCUCUUUCUUCUCACCUUCACUGUGGCUACCAUUAUGCAAUGCUUCCUCCUCAGCGUCUUUUUCAACCACGCCAACCUGGCAGCAGCCUGCUGCGGCAUUGUUUACUUUACCCUUUACCUUCCACACAUCUUCUUCUUCGCCUGGCAGGACCACAUCACCAAAGACAUGAAGAUCCUGGUGAGUCUGCUGUCCCAAGUGGCGUUUGGCUUUGGGACAGAGUACCUGUCGAGGUACGAAGAGCAGGGUCUGGGUCUGCAGUGGGACAAUAUCCAGACUAGCCCUCUGGAGGGGGACGAGUUCUCCUUCCUCACCUCCAUCUGCAUGAUGAGCCUGGACACUGUACUGUAUGCUGUGCUGGCCUGGUACCUGGACAAUGUCUUCCCUGGACAGUAUGGAAUUGGUCGACCAUUUUACUUCCCCCUCCUCCCCUGUUAUUGGCUCAACACUGUGACUCCAGCUUGCAACAACACACUUGAGUUGGAGAAAAAAGGCUUUGAUAACCUGGCAAACAAGGAGCAAGGAGAGCAGCAGAAAAAAGAGGAGGAAGAAAACGAAGAACAGGAGAAAAACCAGGAGAAACCCAAGACCCUGGAGGAGACCGCCUCAUGUGAACACCAGGAUCAGCGGGAAAGGCUGGGGAAGGGGAACCAGGCUGAGGGUCAGGAGAACCAGGAGAAAGAUGGCCAGGCAUUCUUUGAGGCAGAACCAGCUGACCUGGUGAAGGGUGUUUGUAUCCAGGACCUGGUCAAGGUGUUCAGCAACAGCCUCAGACCGGCAGUGGACGGCCUCAGCAUCAGUUUUUACGAGAGCCAGAUUACUGCCUUUCUGGGCCACAAUGGGGCUGGGAAGACCACCACCAUGUCUAUUUUGACUGGUAUGUUCCCUCCCACCUCGGGAACAGCAGCCAUUUAUGGCAAGGACAUCCGCACAGACAUGGAUACCAUCCGCCUGUCUCUGGGAAUGUGCCCUCAACACAACAUCCUUUUUCAGCAUAUGACUGUGGCCGAACAUAUCCUGUUCUACUCACUGAUGAAAGGCCGUCCGAUAGCGGAGGCUGAGGAAGAGGUGGAGAACAUGCUGCAGGAUCUGGGUCUGCCUCACAAGAGAGAUGAACUGACCCAGAACCUUUCAGGAGGCAUGCAGAGGAAGCUGUCGGUCGCCUUGGCGUUUGUUGGUGGGGCUAAGGUGGUGAUCCUGGAUGAGCCCACUUCAGGGGUGGACCCCUACUCCAGACGCUCCAUUUGGGACCUGUUGCUGAAAUACCGUUCAGGGCGAACAGUGAUAAUGUCCACCCACCACAUGGACGAGGCCGACCUGCUGAGUGACCGGGUGGCUAUCAUUUCACAGGGUCGCCUCUACUGCUGCGGCUCCCCAAUCUUCCUCAAGAACUGCUUUGGUGCUGGUUUCUACCUCACUCUUGUACGACGAAUGAAACAUGACACUCCCAAGGCUAGCUGCGACUGUAAAGAGGAUUGCUCCUGUAAAUGCUCCACAUGCUCAAAGUUUAAAGCGAACACGGAGGAGAGCCAGGCUGCGGACAGGCAGAUGGACGGUAACAUGGAAAGCAUCAGUGCCCUGGUCCAUCAUCACGUGCCGCAGGCUCGUCUGAUCGAGGCCAUUGGCCAGGAGUUGACCUAUCUGCUUCCCAACCGUAACUUCCAGCCCAGGGCCUAUGCCAGCCUCUUCAGAGAGCUGGAGGAAACCCUGGUGGACAUCGGCCUCAGCAGCUUCGGUGUGUCCGACACAUCGCUGGAAGAGAUCUUCCUAAAGGUCACUGCUGAUGGGAAUGCAACCAACAGAAAGUGUAUACAAGAGACAGACGGAGCUUUUCACGCCAAUGGCCAGGGUCCAUGUGAUGUCCUAGAAGGUGGUGCAGGCAGGGGAUCCUACCAGGUGAGAGGCCUGUGUCUGACAGUCAAACAGUUCUUCGCUCUGCUGAUCAAGAGGCUGCAUCACGCCACCCGCUCCUACAAAGACUUCUUCGCCCAGAUUGUGCUGCCGGCCAGUUUUGUUUUCCUGGCACUGACAUUCACUCUGAUAGUUCCACCCUUUGGAGAGUAUCCGAGUUUGACCCUCAGUCCCUGGAUGUAUGGACGACAGUACACCUUCUUCAGUAAUGAACGUCCUAUGGAUGCUCAGAUGAGAUACUUUGGUGAGGUGUUGCUGGACAAGCCUGGCUUUGGGACCCGCUGCAUGGUGGAUGAACCACUGGAAGAUUUCCCAUGUAACAACAUCACCACGGAGUGGGAGAUGCCCCUGGUUAACCCCGCUCUGAUAGAUAUGCUGGCUGGUCCAGAGUGGAACUCUCUCAGACCGUCUCCAGUCUGUCAGUGCAGCACACCCACAAAACUCACUAUGCUGCCUGUGUGCCCUGAGGGAGCUGGAGGCCUGCCACCUCCACAGAGGAUUCAGUCAACAGGAGAUGUUCUCAUGGACCUAACAGGCAGGAACAUCUCCGACUACCUGGUGAAAACCUACCCCACCCUCAUCAGAACCAGCUUGAAGAGCAAAUAUUGGGUGAAUGAACAAAGGUAUGGAGGUAUAUCAGUAGGAGGGCAACUUCCUGUUUUAGGGCUGCAGCCAAAGACCAUCCAAGAUGUAGCAGCGCAGCUGGGACGACUGCUCAAUGUCACUGGGGGCAAAUACUCUGAACAAACGCUGAAGGACAUAGGGACGUUCCUCAGGUACAUGGAGACUCCUAACAAUGUCAAGGUGUGGUACAACAAUAAGGGCUGGCAUGCUAUGGUAUCUUUCAUGAACGUGGCCAACAACGCCAUCCUCCGUGCAAACCUGGCCAAAGAAGCAAACCUGGAUGAAUAUGGAAUCACUGCCAUUAACCAUCCCCUGAACCUCACCAAAGAACAACUCUCUGAGAUCACUGUUCUGACCACCUCAGUGGAUGCAGUGGUGGCCAUCUGCGUCAUCUUCGCCAUGUCCUUCGUCCCGGCAAGCUUCGUCCUCUAUCUCAUCCAGGAGAGGGUCACCCAGGCCAAGCACCUGCAGUUUGUCAGUGGUGUCAGUCCACUGGUCUACUGGAUGGCCAACUUCCUCUGGGACAUGGUGAAUUACUCCAUCAGUGCAGCGAUGGUGGUGGAAAUUUUCAUCUUUUUCGAUAAGAAAUGCUACACCUCACCAACCAACCUUCAACCACUUAUUGCCCUACUUAUGCUUUAUGGCUGGUCUGUGACACCCAUGAUGUACCCCAUGUCCUACAUAUUCAGCAUUCCCAGCACAGCCUACGUCUCUCUGUCAUGUAUUAACCUCUUCAUUGGCAUCAACAGCAGCGCCAUCACCUUCAUCCUGGACCUUUUUGAGGGAACCACAGCUCUGUACAAGUUCAAUCAGCUUUUAAAGACCGUAAUGCUCAUCUUCCCCCAUUACUGCCUGGGACGAGGUCUCAUAGACAUGGCCAUGAACCAGGCUGUGACUGACAUCUACGCUCGCUUUGGUGAGGAUUACAGUCCAGACCCCUAUAACUGGGAUUUUAUUGGGAAGAACCUGUUCUGCAUGGCUGUUGAAGGAUUCAUCUAUUUCCUCCUUAACAUUCUCUUCCAGUAUCGCUUCUUCUUGAAUCAGUGGAUAUCAGAUUGCCCAAAGCCUUCUAUUUUAGAUGAAGAUGCAGAUGUGGCUAAAGAAAGAGAGCACAUCUACCGGAGUGGAAAAACAAAUGAUAUUUUACGCAUUAGAGACCUGUCCAAAACGUACAUAGGAACAGUCACCCCUGCAGUGGACCGAAUCUGUGUUGGAGUAUCACCUGGAGAGUGCUUUGGUCUCCUGGGGGUAAACGGAGCAGGAAAGACCACCACAUUCAAGAUGUUGACAGGCGACAUUGACGUCACCUCAGGAGAAGCCUCAGUUUCUGGUCACAGCAUUUUAACCAACAUCCUGGACGUUCACCAGAACAUGGGAUAUUGCCCGCAGUUUGACGCCAUAGAUGAGUUGCUGACAGGUAGAGAACAUCUACACCUUUACGCUCGCCUCCGUGGAGUCCCAGAGUCUGAGAUCAGCAGGGUUGCAGAGUGGGCCAUCCAGAAGCUGGGUCUCUCAGAAUAUGCAGGUCAGAGCGCUGGGACCUACAGUGGAGGAAACAAGAGGAAACUCUCCACGGCCAUUGCCAUGAUUGGCUGCCCUGCUCUGGUGCUGCUGGAUGAGCCCACCACAGGUAUGGACCCUCUCUCCAGACGCUUCCUCUGGAACUCCAUUAUGAGCAUUAUUCAGGACAGACGAGCUGUGGUUCUCACCUCACACAGCAUGGAGGAAUGUGAGGCACUGUGCACUCGUUUAGCCAUUAUGGUUAAUGGAUCCUUCAAGUGUUUGGGAACCAUUCAGCAUCUCAAAUACAAAUUUGGUGAUGGCUACGUGGUGACCAUGAAGAUCAGGGCGGCUAAACCCGGUUGCGCCCCGGACCUGAACCCUGCUGAAGCGUUCAUGGAGAGCACCUUCCCUGGCUGCAUCCAGAGAGAGAAACACUACAACACUCUGCAGUAUAAGAUCUCCUCCUCCUCACUGGCUAGGAUCUUUCAAAUGGUCCUGGCUAACAAAGACAAGCUAAACAUAGAGGACUACUCAGUGUCACAGACCACUCUUGACCAGGUGUUUGUGAAUUUCGCCAAGCAACAGUCAAGAGAAGAUGACACUAUUGUGUUGCAUCCAAAAGCAGCUGGGGCACAACGAUACAUUGACAACACACCCAUCAAGUGUUUGGGGAAGUGAACUUACCUCAUUGAGCUCAACUGGAAGAGAGUCGUUGGUUUUCAUUUCACUGUAGCGUCAUCUCAAAGUCCCAGCCCUGGCCUCAUAGACACGAGCAACUGAUGCAUGAAUCUGGUUGGGAUACUGAAAGUCAUGAAGGAUGAAUUUGAUUUGUCCUCCAUCUUUGGGUGAAAGUAGGCUGUGUUUCUCAUCCACAAUUGGACACUCGUUUGGAAUGGAGCAGCCCACGCUAAUCUGCUGUGUUGUAUUAGGCCUUGAAACACAGUCUGUGAAGGACAUGUCAUGCUUGACUGAUGGUUUGACAUGUGACAACACUGCACAUGCUCUCCUUUGCUCUCCAGUAAACAGGGUUAGUGGGCUUUGAAUUUGAAAGUGUGGAGCAUUUGUGUGCCUGCUACAUGUUCCACUUCCUGCUCACCUUGUAGGCCUUGCAAACUCAAUGAAACUGAGCUUUAGAUGUAUGACAAGGACCAGGACUUUGAGAGAUGAAACGUCAAA